AUUUCCACAGUUAACUUAGGCUAUUUAAAGGUCACUUCGGGGCGUAGUUUAAUGGUAUUUGCCACCGAAGAAGUUUUCCUUUGUCUGACGGAAUUAUGAUUUUGUUACCUAUAUUUCUUUACUUACUCACCGUGGGAGUUUCGGCCAUCAAGGGGCCUUGCUUCUCAUUCGGAGGGACUGCACACAUAGAGUUCGAACCAGAGAACUUCAACAUUUCUUACAGUGCACACUACAAACUGGAGUUCCGGACUGUGCAGGAAAACGGUAUUUUGCUGUACGCACGUGGAACGCACGACUAUGAGGUCCUGUAUUUGUUUGGCGGGAAGCUGCACUAUCUGAUCGUCAACCCGACACCAUGGGGCGCUGGGGGAACGUCCGGGGACUACUUCCAGAGCGACGAGAAAGUGAACAACAAUACAUAUUUUACAGUAGAGAUAUUUCGGAACCGCCAUAACGAAAACAGUCCUCAGUUGACUGGUAACGCUCGUCUGAUUCAGACUGGCAUGACCAUCAAGGCAACACAAGAGGAGAAACACGUACACAACAUUGAAUUGAGGGGACUGCAGAUCAUUACACCAGUCUAUAUUGGUGGGGACGGUGCUAAGACGGAUACCGUUAUUCAGGAGUUUGAAGGAGAAAUCCGCGAUAUUCGAGAGAAGCGGAACGAUCUGGUAUUCGAGUAUCCGUCUCUUAACGGCGGAGUGCCACGGUGUGUCGCAACAAACCACAGGCGGCCACAGUGAACUCAGCAAUAUUUCUUCCUCUUCCAACUCUUCAUUGUUUUAGUCACAGUUCCUGCCUCGGGUGAAAGUGAUAACAGUAGCUCAAGCCUUUUUCUUACUUUGGAUGUAUUGAGAAUAUUGUUAUGAUGUUCCAAAAGUGAUCAGUUUCUUAUGAAGUUGGAAAUACCAAGUGCUAACUUUCAGAACUGUUUAUAUCCACUCUUUGCGAAAAUGAGUGGUCCACUAUUUAGAUUUUUGUCUUCUUCUUUUUAAAAUUAGUUAAUUAUGGGGGGUGGGGGGAGGUGGGGGGGGGGAGACAUACAUGUAUAACAGAGAUGCAAAGCGAUAUAAUUUGAAUACAUACAUGUAAGUAAAAUUGCUUUCUUACAGGUUUUUUCAGAAUUUUUGAGACGUUAAAAAUAGUUUUUCAAAACCAGAACUUAACCAGAUAUAUCCAGUUCUGUGAGCCUUCGGUAAUUUUGCAAAUAACCAUGCGGUAUAUAUGUAUACAUGAAAAUAGGUUUAUAGCGACUUCACUAAUUUGUAAUCAAAGUUACUCAUAUAUACAUGUACAUACAUGUACUAGAAAUGACAAAAUACAAUUUUAGACGUUUUAUUCAAAUGCCCAAAAUUCGAAGUCAAUAACACAUUAGACUGACCAGUACAUGUGAAAUAGAAUGACAAUGUGCGGAAUGGCGUUUGAAAAAUGAGAAAAGGAUGCUACUUGUUUCUAUAUACAAUUCUUCUAAUGUUGCUGAGCACAGAGAACUGCUACACAGACAUGUGUUGGUUAGAUGCAGUUUGAAAUAGUCAUCCAUGAAUUAUGUAGAAUUAUUCUUCAUAUCAAUCAAUUUAUGUCAUUACAUUGUGCCAAAAUAAAGAUCAGAAAAUU